AUGGCGAUGGUGAUAUCUCAGACUACCAAGGCGGCGAUCGGUGGUUUCCUGGCUUUGAUGAUUCUGGGGGCUGUUUUGGUGGUAGGCGCCGCGUUUGGCUGGUUCGACCCGAAGAGGGAAGAUGAGGAUACACCGGCCAAGAUCAGCGCCCGAUUGCAAGGACGAACGUCUUUCGUCACCCACAGAGCUGUGAAUCCGGAUGAAAACCGAUUACCCGUCGUGUCGCACCCCUCGCCGUUUGUGCACAAAGGAGAAAAGGGAGACACUAGAUUAGCCGAAAGCGUGGACGGGGAUUUGGGACCUUCCGGCGAAGCGGGGAAACCGGACCGACCUAAUACCAAUCUGCAAGUAUCACCACAGUGCAAAUGCAGCAUAAAUGAUAUAUCGGUUAUGCUGGCAUCAAUGCCUAACAUCCGAAGCCCCCCUGGUCCUCAAGGACCUACAGGAGCCGAUGGCACGACUGGAGCACCUGGUAAAACUGGUCAAACAGGUGAGCAAGGUCCACCAGGUCCCCUCGGGGCUAAAGGUGAUAGAGGGGAACGGGGUGAUGCCGGAACACCCGGAGUUGAGGGGCAACCAGGGCCGAAGGGGGAGCCUGGAAGUGAUGGAACACCUGGCGUUCAGGGUCCACCUGGACCACCGGGGUCACCGGGUCUCGCGACGGGAUUUACGGAAUCAACCGGAUUAUACGGGACGGACAGGGGUCUGGCUGGGCCGCCAGGAGAUCGGGGUCCGAUGGGUCUCGCGGGGCCGCCGGGCGAAAGGGGCUACACGGGCAAUAAAGGGGAGAAGGGCUUACACGGCUCCAAAGGCGACAAAGGGGAACGGGGUUUCACGGGUCCGAGAGGCCCGCACGGCGCGAAGGGCGAGCGCGGCCAACCCGGUAAAGACGGGCUGCCGGGUCUUCCAGGCCCCCACGGGCGCCCAUCAGAAAAAGGCGAGAAAGGUGGUCGCGGUCUCCCGGGCCCUCCAGGGCCGGCGAUAACUGCAGUUUCAGAUAAUUCAGUAUUAGGAGAUCUCGCUCGCAUAGGGCCACGAGACAUCGCUAAGCUCAAGGGCGAUAAGGGCGAAAGAGGCGAAAAGGGUGAAAAGGGCACUCGAGGCAUCGAGGGUCCGCAAGGAUUCCCUGGCAAUGAUGGAAAGCCUGGUGAACGUGGGGAUAUAGGACCUUCUGGGUUACCUGGUACUCAGGGCGCUGCAGGACUAAUGGGACCUAAGGGGGACAAGGGAGACGCUGGUCCGCCAGGUCCUGUAGCAAUUUCCAGAGACGAAGCUGUUGUUAUGACUAAGGGUGAUAAAGGCGAACCAGGGCCUAGAGGAAAAAGGGGCCAUCCAGGUCCACCAGGACCCAGGGGAGCUCCAGGCCUCCCUGGCCCUCCAGGCAUUCCUGGAACUAAUGGAGUAUCUGGGGAUAUUGGUCUGCCAGGGUGGACGGGUCCACCUGGAAUCGCCGGGCCGCCGGGCGCGCAGGGGCCUAAGGGUGAAAAAGGGGAUCCGGGAAUCGCUUUAGCGGACCUUGAAAAGAUAAAAGGCGAUAAGGGCGACCGGGGACUAGAUGGAACUCCGGGUACCCCCGGGAGAGAUGGGCCCCGAGGACCACCCGGGCCCCCAGGGACGACCUCCAACGUGCAGUAUAUUCCUGUACCUGGACCGCCUGGUCCACCUGGGCCACCGGGAACAAGUAAUCCAGACCUCCCGUUGGAUACUUUGACAGACAGUCCUGGAAUAAAUCGCCUUGAAACGGCCUCAGGAAAACCCCGCGACGCGCUUCAAAUAUUAAAAAAUUUAAAUCAUUUGAUGCAGUACCGUCAGGGAUCAUACCAUUUUGCUGAGCCACUAGAUUCACUCAAUGAAAAUGGUGACUUUGACGACGAGGAAGAUGGUAGAACAAUUAUUGGAACUGUUUUAUAUAAAACCACAGAUUCGCUACUAAAAAUAUUAGAAAUGAGCGUGUAUUCUCUUUGUCAACAGCUGGGUGCAAAGAAUCCUCGAGGUACUCUAGCAUACGUCAUUCAAGAACAAGCCCUUUUGAUACGAGUAAAUAACGGAUGGCAGUAUGUCUCUAUGGGCUCCCUGCUGGCAGUACACAAUUCACCUGGCAACGGGCCCACUCGGACGCCGCUGCAGAAUAUUCUAGAAACUUCUAGUUUAGUGCAUCACAAGAAUCCCGUUGGGGAAGGCCCGGUGCUUCGUCUAGCCGCGUUGAAUGAACCCCACACAGGCGACAUGCACGGGGUAAGCAGUACCAAUUACGAGUGCCACAGACAAGCCCAGAGAGCCGGCCUCGAUGGCACUUUCCGUGCUUUCAUCUCUUCAAGGGUCCAAAACAUAGAUUCCAUUGUGAGUUGGGUGGAUAGAGAGAUACCAGUGGUGAAUAUACGCGGUGAUGUCCUCUUCAACUCCUGGGGAGAAAUGUUCGAUGGAUCUGGUGCAUUAUUUGCGCAUGCGCCGAGGAUAUACAGCUUCAGCGGGAAGAAUGUGCUUACUGAUCCUGGCUGGUCUCAAAAAGCCGUUUGGCACGGUGCUAGCCCUAACGGCGAGCCAGCGAUGGACGCGUACUGCGACGCGUGGCACAGCAGCAACCCUGAGAAAUUCGGCCUCGCCUCUUCGCUGCGCUCCAAUAAACUGCUAGAUCAAGAGACAUAUUCCUGCAGUUCGAGACUAAUUGUGCUGUGUAUCGAAGCAACGCCUGUAGAUACGGCGAGAAGAAAAAAACGAUCCAAGUAUCGCGCAGACAAAUUGCUUUUCCUGAAAGACAUCGAACAGCGGAACGAAACUAGAGUUAUAUAG